UAUACUCUGUUACUUGACGCUCUUGGGAAAAAACUGACAAAAAGAAAAAAAAACUUUGGGAAAAAUGGAAAAAGUAUCAGACGUAAAGACUCUCCCUGGACCUCCAAAACAGAGAUAAGGAAUAACCCUGUUGCAUUUGCGUGUUUUCCUGUCUCCCUAAACAAACUGACAACAAUGUUAAAGGAAGGAAAAAUGUUAACGAACAUUUUCUCACACUUCCAUUGAAAAAGCAGCGACUUCACUCAUGGAGAAAGGGAUCAGUCUGGAGUCAUGAGCUCAGGUGUGAAGAAGCCUCCAUUAGCUCCCAAACCUAAACUUCCUGCUGCCACCAAACCCUCUCCCCCACCCAUCGCCCCCAAACCGGGGAUCCUCACCCAGUCCUCCGUAGUCUCCCAUCCUUCUCCAGCCACACUCAAGAGGACCAAACCUGCUCUUGCCCCUAAACCCUGUCUCCCUAAAUCUACAGCCUCCUCCCCUCCUGUUUCACCCCCACCUCCCAAACCCAGCGGAGCUCUUAUCACAUCUCAGGAACAGCAGGAAGCUCUGGACAAUAGCCUCUCACUCCUCAACUCCAAAAAUGGGAUUUUAUCAGAGUCCAGUAAACGGGAUUCGGACUACAUCAUCCCCACCUGCUCCUGCGAGCUACAGGACUGCACCCAGCGCCGCCGUCUGGAAAACGGAGGUGUAACUGAGGCCGGCAGUGAUUUGCACAAAGAUGUGUUGCAGAAUGGUAUUUCCACAGAGGGAUUUAAAGUGCAGAGUACGCAAGAGCAGGAAGCAGAAAAACGGCAGCAGAAGGAGGAGGAGGAGGAGGGAGCAGCAGUGGUGGAGAAGCAUGAAGCUGGAGGGAUUAGUAAAAAGCCAAGGGAGAAACCUCAAAGACAGAGACACCUGGACAAGGAAUCUGCCAGCAAAAAGACACAUGGGACAGAGGAGCUGAAGGAGAACUCCUCUGAUGCUGUAAAACCUCAGGAAAAGGCAGAGCUUGAUGUUUCUAAGGAGGACGUAAAGACUGAGGAGGAGAACUCAGAUCCAUCAGACUCUCAGGCGGCCUGUGAUGUUGCAGGCAGCAUCAUUGUCUCCUCUAACGCCACACAACAUGAAGUAGCUGUAGAUUCUUUACAGGUGGAUUACAAUGAGCCAAUCAGCAAAGCCUGCCAGACCAGGCUACACCCUGAACUGCAGGUCCCUGCUGCUCCCAGCAAACCUCUCCCAGUCCCUCAACCCCGGAAACAUAGAAGAACAACCCUGGUGAGGCAGGAUGGUGUGGAGAGCAGUGUUCAGGAUCCUGUGGUGGAGGAGCUGAAGCAGGAGCAGGAGAUGCAGGAAGCUGGAGCUGAAGUAAGGUUGUCUGCUCAGUCUCAAGGCUCGGGGGUCCAUGGGGACACACUAGAGCAAUGUGAGGACAGGCCAAACCAGGAAGCCUUGGGUAUGGGAGACACUGAGGCAGACGCUCCUGUCCCACCUCCUCGACAAACGUCCCUCUCACCGCGUCUCCACAGGAUGGUCCACACCCUCCCACGACUGAGCAAAAACCUCCCCCAGUGUUUCGACCUGGACUCUGUGAGCCACAAUAGAGAGGAUGAAGAGAAGCAGGUUGUGCAGAUGGACGAAGAGGAGGACGGAUACGGUGACUUCGCAAGGUAUCCGAUCGCCUACAGCCUCCCCAAACAGAUCAAGCUGGGAUGUGACCCUCCCCUGGUCAACGCCAGGAGGGCCCUCUCUGCUGACGACCAACCAUUGCCGAGUGCACCACCCAGGAAACCUCAACGACACAGCCUACCGGCUCCUCCUCCGCCGUCCUUCUGUCCCCCUGCUCCUCCUCAUGCCAACACCCCCAUGAGGGAGUUACCCGCGCCUCCUCAGGAGAAAGCAUCAUGGCGUUUCUCGCGACCUUGCGUGACCUUCUUCAGUCGGCAGAUGCCCACCCGGAGCAGCAUGCCUCCCAAGAGUCGAGCUCCGGCGCUGGGCAGCAAGCAGAGGGCGCAGUCCUUCUCUGCGGCCGACCUGGCAAUCAGAGCCAGUCCUCACAAGAGGAGCCUGUCUUUUCGGAAGCUUCUGGAGCUCAGACUGUCGGUGAAGAUGCUGCCAAAGCUUCUAUCCAAGUCAGGGCAGAGUCUGGACUGUGCUAACGUGGAGUCCCCGCAGGAGGAGAGGAGACGAGAGAGGCCCAGCAGCUGCAUAGGAGAGGCUGAUCUAUGUGGAGAGGUGGAGUACGAGAACGUGCCUCUGUACGAGGAAAUCCCAGAGUACAUGAACCUGCCGUUUCACAAUGGCAGGUUGGGAUGGUCACAUGACCCUGACGCUGAGGAUUCAGACAUUUAUGAAGUCCAGGAUCCUUAUCAGCGAUGCCAGGAUCAUGAAUAUGAGAGUGAUUGGCUGAGGCACUCGGAGGAGGAGGAGGAGGAGGAGGAGGAGGAGCUCCACAGUUCAGAUGAAGAAGACAACAGCUCCACCUCCAGUAAAGAGCACGUGGACGAGGUUGACAAACAGCAGGAGGAUGAGAUGAAGAGGAAGAAGGUGGUGCACAUCGCCCAGGAAAUCAUGAGCUCAGAGAAAGUGUUUGUGGAUGUCCUGAAGCUCCUCCACAUCGAUUUCCGAGAUGCUGUUGCCAAGGCGACGCGUCAGAAUGGGAAACCGGUGGUGGACGAGAGGAUCCUGAACCAGAUCCUGUAUUAUUUACCACAGCUGUACCAACUGAACAGAGACCUGCAGAGGGAGCUGGAGGAGAGAGUGGCUCACUGGAGUGAUCACCAGAGACUGUCGGACAUCUUUGUCCAGAAGGGUCCGUACCUGAAAAUGUACUCCACCUACAUCCGACAGUUUGACAACAACGUCGCUCUGUUGGACGAACAGUGCAGGAAAAACCCAGCGUUCGCUGCUGUGGUCCGAGAAUUUGAGAUGAGUCCCAGGUGUGCCAGUCUGGCUUUGAAACACUACCUGCUAAAACCAGUUCAGAGGAUUCCUCAGUACCAACUGCUGCUCACAGAUUAUCUGAAGAACCUUCCAGAAGACUCGGAGGAUUAUAAGGACACACAAGCUGCCCUCAGCAUCGUGAAGGAAGUGGCCAACCACGCCAACGACAUCAUGAAACAAGGGGACAACUUCCAGAAGCUGAUGCAGAUUCAGUACAGUCUGAACGGUCACCACGAGAUCGUCCAGCCCGGCAGAGUGUUCCUGAAGGAGGGCACUCUGAUGAAGCUGUCCAGGAAGGUCAUGCAGCCACGCGUGUUCUUUCUGUUCAACGACGCUCUGAUGUACACCACUCCAGUCCAGUCGGCUCAGUAUAAACUCAACUGUGUUCUCUCUCUGGCUGGGAUGAAGGUGAGUAAACCCAGUCAGGAAGCCUAUCAGAACGAGCUGAACAUCGAAAGCAUCGAACGCUCCUUCAUCCUGUCUGCCAGCUCGGCCACAGAGAGAGACGAGUGGCUGGAGGCCAUCGCCAAGGCCAUAGACGACUACACCAAGAAGAAAACCACCUUCAUAUCAAGUCGGAGUCAGGAGGAGCAGGUGGAGACUGAUGUUGACAGCGGGCCUCCGUUAGGCUCCAAGGCCCCCAUCUGGAUCCCGGACCUGAGAGCUACCAUGUGCAUGAUCUGUACCUGUGAGUUCACGCUGACGUGGAGGAGGCAUCACUGUAGAGCCUGUGGGAGGGUGGUGUGUCAGGCCUGCUCUGCCAACAAGUACUACCUGGAGUACCUGAAGAACCAGCCGGCACGUGUGUGUGAUCACUGCUUUGCCAAACUACAGGAGAACAGUGACCGCUGCGCCUCCACGUCGCUUUCUCCAAUCAAAUCAGGAGCUUUUUCUUUCACCAGGAAACAGAAGAAGAUUCCCGCUGCACUAAAAGAGGUUUCUGCAAACACAGAGAACUCCUCCAUGAGUGGUUACCUGAACAGGUCAAAGGGCAACAAGAAGCAGUGGAAGAGGCUGUGGUUUGUCAUCAAGAAUAAAGUCCUGUACACGUACGCUGCCAGUGAGGAUGUCGCAGCUCUGGAGAGUCAACCUCUGCUGGGCUUCUUCCUCAGGGAAGAGAAGAACGGUCCUGCUCAGAAGCUGCAGUUCAAACUGUACCACAAGAACACGCUCUUUUACAUCUUCAAGGCUGACGACAUCCCAACUGCACAGAGAUGGAUCGAAGCCUUUCAGGAGGCGAUGAUUCUGGAACAGGAAUGAUCUUUGAUUCUCACAGCUCCAGAACCGACUUUUCAACCCCCACCUGAAGGCCUGGAACCACGUAGGUCACAAGCUCAGGAAAGGACCCUUAAUUCCCUACAGAAAAACAAGUGCAGAGCGCCACCCAGUGUGCAGAGAGGAGGCCGCUACUUGUUAAGGACUGAAUUCUGUUUUUGUAAACAGGGAGCAGCAGCUGUUGCUGAGGUCAGAAGUUGUAAGGAGUUUUGUCUGUGGGUCAAAGGUCAAGUCCAGAAGCCUGAGUGUGAAAGUGAUACCAAACUGUUGUCGGGGGCCUGUUUUAAUCCCUGGGAUGAUCUGAUGGGGGUUGAAUUGAUGGGAUUAGUAUAAGGGUGAAGGAAUCACUACAGUGUAAAAAAGAAAAACACGCAGAAAACAAACGAAAAUCUUUCUCCAUUCUUGAAUGCUUUGAGCAACAGUUUUUCUAAGUGUGCCAGGUCAGGAUCCUUUAGCUGUUUGCGCCCCCUGCUGAUCAACCGUUCUUUAGAGCCAGCGCAAGACAGACAUUAACCGUAAACUGAAGUCUCACUAAAUAAAAUGGUUUAUUUAAAUAUUUUGACUUUGGUUUGAGCGAAACAAACAUCAGUUCUCAGUCAGACUAGAGGUAAUGCAGCAAAAAUGACACGAAAACGAAGAAUUUUUAGAUUUUAAUUGUGCACUACUGUACACAUUUACAAAAACCUGAACCUCUACAAACCACAUAUCUAUCAGGAAAUAUUCAAAUGCUUGGAUUCUUGGUCCUAACGAUGUUUAACAAUGUUGCUGAUGUGUUUUAUAUGAGAAGGCUUUUUACUGUGAAACAAAAUCUGAAUAUUUAGCUCUUUAGUUUAAUCUCUCUGGUUUAGAGAUUUUAAUCUAUAUAUUUUUUAGUUUUACACUAAAAGACCACACAUUCAUAUUAAGGGGUUAAAAACAGCAUCGUCCUGGAGGGAAAAACUGGAAAUAAUGUAAAAGAUUUUUACAUUUUUACCUGUUUUUUAAUCACAUCAUAAAUGGUUAAUGGAUAAAACUGUGCAUAUGGACACAAAAUAACAACAUUGACCUUUUUUUAAAUAUAGCAAAGUAAGUAUUUAUGAAAUAGGAAGAUUUAUUUUUAAAGCACAGGCUGCAGCCUGUUUUGGGGAGUCAGGGUUUGUUUCAGGAGACUUUAAUCAAGAUGAAGUACUGUGGUAAAAAUACAUGAACUAAAUUUCUGAUGAAAUACUAAAAAAAACAUCUUGAUUGCAAUAAUGAAGGUGCUCUGUUUUUCAACACGGAAACACUUUUAUAAUCAUGUUUCCAUGACUACUCAUUGAAUAAACCCUACAUCUCACUUUAAAAGCUGACAAAUAACCUGUUAUUAGAGGUUUUCCUAAACCUACGGGAGCCUGGUUGAAACAAAACGGAAGUGGGAUGAUACAAAAGCUGGUGCUUUUUCAUGUUUGUGUAUAAACAUUAGAGACUCCUGUAAAUGUUGUUUCUGAACUGUCAGGAAACAGUUUGAAUAAAAUAUAUGUGUAAAUACA